UUCUGAUCGCUUCGGCCAGUAGAAUCCGUGAGCCCAGCGAGGUGAAAGCUCGCAGCUCGCAGGUGGAAAACAGUUACGAGCGCUUGUACGCGCAAAUUGUUAAAUCCAUCAUAACUCGUUACCGCAUAAUCGAAAGUGCACAUGCAAGCAAUGGUUCUUGCUAAUUGAAUUAAGUCAGCAGGUUUGUGUGUGUGGGCUGGAAGACGUUUCGAGUCGCUUGCGAGUGAAACAGCCCGAAGAUGCUCCUAGUAGUCAUGCUAGCUGUUAUACUAGUCCUAGCUUACAUUUAUUUCAAGGACUCGUAUAAGUACUGGAGGCGACUGGGGAUCCCGCAACUAAGCCCGCAGUUUCCUUUUGGAGAUAUGGCCGAUGUGAUUUUCAGAAAGCAAAACAUGGGCGACAAAAUCAAUCAAAUCUACGCCCACCAAAGGCGGCAAGGCCACGAUUAUGUAGGCCUGUACUUCUUCAGCCGAAAGGCCUUUUUGCCGCUCGAUCCCGCCCUCAUCAAAGACAUCCUAGGCAAAGACUUCCAGCACUUUUACGACAGAGGGAUUUACUACGAUGAGAAAAACGACCCGUUGAGCGCACAUUUGUUUUCCAUCGCAGGGCCCAAGUGGAAAAAUUUGAGGGCGAAACUGACCCCGGCGUAUUCGCCCGUUAAGCUUAAGGGAAUGUUUAACACGAUCCUGAAUUGCGGCAAGCAGAUGUCAGAGGUUAUAGGCGAAAUAUCGGAAAAGCAGGGCGAAGUUGAAAUAAAGGAAAUCCUGGCCAGAUACAGCACUGAUGUGAUUGGUUGCUGUGCCUUUGGAUUGGACUGCAACACCAUGAGGAAUCCUGAGGCCGAGUUUCGACGAAUGGGGAGGCGCGCUUUUACGCAAACCAUCGGCGAUGUCUUGAAAAUGAUAGUGAUCAGAAGCUUUCCGCCGAUCGCCAAAGCGCUCAGACUGGGCGUGUUUUCCGACAGCGUGACGAGUUUCUUCCGAAAAGUUGUCGACGAAACCAUCACGUUCAGGGAAACUAACGGCAUUCAGCGCAAGGACUUCAUGCAACUUCUAGUUGAGUUGAAGAACAACAGAAGCAUUGUUGACGAUGAAUUGGAACCGGCCAAGCAAACUGAGCCAGGAACGGCCUUAACAGUGGACGAGGCUGCGGCUCAAGCCUUCAUCUUCUUCCUUGCUGGGUUUGAGACGACUUCAACCACCACCAGCUUUGCCCUUUUUGAGAUGGCUCGUUGCCCUCAUAUUCAACAGCGAGCGCGCGAAGAAGCCCUCGGGAUACUUGCCCAGCAUGGUGGGGAAAUCACUUAUGACGCCCUCAUGGAGAUGAAGUACCUUGACAUGAUUUUCAACGAAACGCUUCGCAAAUACCCUCCGGCACCAGUGUUUCUUCGCAAGUGCACCAAAAGCUACCGAAUCCCCAAUACGAACGCUUUCAUCGAAGAAGGCCAAUCGGUGCUCAUCCCUUGCAUUGGACUGCAUAGGGAUCCAGUCUACUUCCCAAAUCCUGAUCUGUUCGACCCCGAACGGUUCAGCGAUCAGAACAAGUCCAAAGUGAAGGAUGGGACUUAUAUUCCAUUUGGAUCGGGCCCGAGGAACUGUAUAGGAAUGCGGUUUGCGAUGAUUCAAUCGAAAGUCGCCUUAGUGCUCAGUUUGGUCCAUUACGAGCUCCGACUGAGUGAACGCACUCAGUUGCCCCUCAAAAUGGAAACGAAGGGCAUCAUUUUGGCCCCGAUCGGCGGCCUUUGGAUAGAGUUUAAACAUAGAUAGGCCCAUUUAUGCUAUAGUUAUCGAGUACAAUAAAUUACCUUAGUGCUGAGUUCCAAAA